AUGAUCUCCUUUAAUUAUCCCAGGAAUGAGGCUCGCAAGCUCAAUCACCAAGAAGUGGUGGAAGAAGAUAAAAGACUUAAGUUACCAGCAAACUGGGAAGCAAAAAAAGCUCGACUGGAAUGGGAACUGAAGGUGCAGGAAAAGAAGAAGGAAUGUGCUGCAAAAGGAGAAGACUAUGAGAGAGUUAAACUACUAGAGAUCAGUGCUGAGGAUGCAGAAAGAUGGGAAAGGAAAAAGAAGAGGAAAAAUCCAGACCUAGGAUUUUCAGAUUAUGCAGCCGCGCAGUUGCGCCAGUACCAGAGGUUAACCAGGCAGAUCAAACCUGACUUGGAGCAAUAUGAGAAGCUGAAAGAGCAGUAUGGGGAAGCACUUUACCCAACAUCAGACAGUCUUCUUCAUGGAAGUCAUGUGCCAGCUAAAGAAGGGAUUGAUAGAAUGGUCGCAGAUCUUGAAAAACAAAUUGAAAAACGUGAAAAAUACAGUCGAAGACGUCCUUACAACGACGAUGCAGAUAUCGACUACAUUAACGAGAGAAAUGCCAAGUUCAAUAAGAAGGCAGAGAGGUUCUAUGGGAAGUACACAGCAGAGAUUAAGCAGAACUUGGAGAGAGGAACAGCAGUCUGAACUGCCAUCUCCAGUGAAGUGUAUGAUACUGCAGCCCUUAUGUCUAUUAGAAAAGUUUGGUAUGAAGACAUUAAGUUGUAUCAGAAAAAAACUCUACUUUGUAGAUGUCCUCAUAUUAUGUAAUGUAAAAUCUACUGUAGUACAACAUGUGUAAAUGCUUCAAUGUAACAACCUCAGCUGUAUAUAGCUUUUAAUUGCAGAAGUGGCCAGCUCUUCCACUAUCUUGCUUUAAAUAAAGACAAAGAAUAAACAAACUCUGACCCCUC